AUAGUGCCACUACGCGGGACGUCGAGCGCCUCCCGUCCCGCGCUACCGGAUCGUUUGUUGUUAGCAAAAUGGCCGCUUCCAUGGACGCGCCGGGUGGUGACAGUCCCAAAAGAAAAGCUGACACGCAGGUACCUGCCGAAGAAAGUGAUCUGCUUCUAAUCCGACCGCUGGGCGCGGGCCAAGAAGUCGGACGAUCAUGCAUUAUCCUCGAGUUCAAAGGCAAGCGCAUCAUGCUCGACUGCGGCAUCCACCCGGGCAUGUCGGGACUCGACGCGCUCCCCUACGUCGACUUGAUCGAAGCGGACGAGAUCGACUUACUACUCGUAAGCCACUUCCAUCUCGACCACUGCGGCGCUCUGCCCUGGUUCCUGCAGAAAACGACGUUCAAGGGCCGCUGUUUCAUGACCCACGCGACUAAAGCCAUCUACCGCUGGCUCCUGGCCGAUUACAUCAAAGUCAGCAACAUCGGCACUGAACAGAUGCUCUAUUCGGAGACGGACCUAGAGGCGAGUAUGGAAAAGAUCGAGACGAUCAACUUCCACGAGGAGAAGGAGGUGAACGGGAUUCGGUUCUGGUGCUACAACGCGGGCCACGUCCUCGGCGCGGCCAUGUUCAUGAUCGAGAUCGCAGGAGUCAAAGUUCUUUACACAGGCGACUUCUCGCGGCAGGAGGACCGGCAUCUGAUGGCCGCCGAGAUCCCCAACAUUCACCCAGACGUGCUCAUCAUCGAGUCGACGUACGGCACCCAUAUCCACGAGAAGCGAGAGGAGCGCGAGGCUCGCUUCACGGGCCUGGUGCACGACAUCGUGAACCGCGGUGGCCGAUGCCUCAUCCCGGUCUUCGCCCUCGGCCGCGCCCAGGAGCUCUUGCUCAUUCUCGACGAGUACUGGUCCAACCACCCCGAGCUGCACGACAUCCCGAUCUACUACGCGUCGUCGCUGGCCAAAAAGUGCAUGGCCGUCUACCAGACGUACGUGAACGCCAUGAACGAACGUAUCAGAAGACAGAUCACCAUCAACAACCCGUUCGUCUUCAAGCACAUCUCGAACCUCAAGAGCAUCGAGCAUUUCGAGGACGUGGGGCCAUGCGUCGUCAUGGCCAGUCCCGGCAUGAUGCAGAGCGGGCUCUCCCGCGAGCUUUUUGAAAGCUGGUGCACUGACCCGAAGAACGGUGUCAUCAUUGCCGGCUACUGCGUGGAAGGGACAUUAGCCAAGACAAUUCUCUCCGAGCCGGAGGAGAUCUCCACGAUGGUCGGCCAGAAGCUGCCGCUGAAGAUGUCCGUAGACUAUAUCUCGUUCUCGGCCCACACCGACUACCAGCAGACGAGCGAGUUCAUCCGGACGCUGAAGCCGCCACACAUCGUGCUCGUGCACGGCGAGCAGAACGAGAUGGGGAGGCUGAAGGCGGCCAUUGUCCGGGAGUACGAAGAUGACGUCGAGACGAGGAUUGAGGUGCACAACCCACGAAACACGCAGGCCGUCGAGCUCUACUUCAGGGGUGAGAAGACGGCGAAGGUGAUGGGGUCGCUGGCGGUUCAGGCGCCCGAGCCGGGACGCCAGCUGUCCGGGGUCCUGGUGAAGCGCAACUUCAGCUACCACCUGCUGUCGCCAGCCGACCUGGCCAAGUACACGGACAUGGUGAUGAGCACGGUGGGACAGCGGAUGAGCCUCAACUACUCCGGCUCGUUCCAGAUGCUGCACUUCUUCCUCAACCAACUCUCGGGGGACGUCGAGAUCGUCGAGGGCGCCAAGAAGGCACUACGCGUCUUCGGCAAGGUCACCGUGGUGCAGGAGAGUCCGGGCAUGGUCCUGCUCGAGUGGAACUCAAGCCCCAUGAACGACCUGUUCGCAGACGCGGUCAUCACCGUGGUGCUGCGUGCACAGUGUUCUUCAACCCCGAGCAGAAGCCUGCCCUCGACGCUGAUCAAGGUGGACCGGAUGCACUUCACCGAAUGCCUCAUGGAGACGUUGGCGGAGAUGUUUGGCGAGGACUCGGUCGGCAAGGUUGUGAAGGGCGAGCGCAUGAUGGUGACCGUCAACGACCGAAGCGCCCACAUCAACCUCAGGAGCCUGGAAGUGCAGUGUGAGGGCGACGACGUUCUCCAGCAGAUCGUCACCACGGCGGUCACCAAACUGUACAACUCCAUGGCGCCGCUCAAGGUGUGACUCGACGGACGGCCCUUUUAUUAUGUUUGUUUUCUGCUGUAAAUGAAGUUUCAACAACACAGAA